ACAGCCCACUGGAAAGAAGAAUGGCAGGAAAAAAAGAUGGCCCAUGGUUUUGGCUUUCCCUCCUCUUUGAAACCAACCUCCUCUUUGCUGUCUCUGUGGGAAGAAAAAAUCUUUUACCAUCAUCUCAUUCUCAUCUCAUCUCUCUUCUCUACUCUUCUUCACUUUUCCUUCACCAUUUAUACCGUUCUUCUUCGCCCCUGUUUCACUCCCAUUACCCACCUCCUUGAUCCCGGAUAAUCGUCAGAAAAAUCCCGACCAGAAACUGCAGGAUAUUCCAAAUCCACAUCUUGGGUUUGCUGUUUUUUGUACUUGUUACCUGCAAUUUUUACCCCAGACAGUGGUCGAAGGAUUUCGUACAUAAAUAUCCCAGAAAAAGGAAUUUUUUAAAAUCCUGCACUUGAUUUGAUUGAUCAUCCCUUUUGACCUUUAUUGUCUGAGGGUUUCGUAUUUUCUCUCUUUUUUUCCCCUGGGUUCGUUGGAGGAAAGUUGUGAGGUAGGAUAUAUGCAUAUGGGGAUCGAGAGAAAUGUAAGUAAACCGAAAGGGAAAAUAUACAGCGAGUCGAGGAAGAACCGGCGCCGGCAAAAGAAACCCACCAUGGUUCAAAAGCUUUAUGAUACUUGUAAGGAGGUUUUUGCUGAUUGUGGCCCAGGUGUUGUUCCUUCGCCGGAUAAAGUUGAACGGCUUAAGGCGAUUCUAGGUACUUUUCUUGGUUCAUUGUUUUGGCCCUUUUGGGGUGGUAAAUAUUGACAGUAAUGGGAGUCUUUGGCAUGUGUAUGUUAGUCUGAUUAAGUGCUAUAUUUGGCAUAGUUUGAGACUUUUAGUCAUCUUUGCUUGCUUUUGCCAUUUUUGGGGGUGAAAUUUUUGUUGAAUAUCUUAGUGAUACUUCGUCUGUAUUAUCCUUUUUAAGCAUAAUGUAUUGUCUUUUAACUAGGUGUUCCAACUAUGUUAAUAUGAAGAUUUUGAUUGGGUUUUCGGGUUUGCUCUCAUCAGUCUCUUAUGGUAAGUACAAAGAAAGUAAUAUGGCUAACAAACACAAUGGGAUAGCAUGAUGAUUUGUUUGGACAUUAUCUUCAUUCCCCCACACCCCCAGAUGUUUGGUGUUUGUGUUUGCGAAACUAGUCAACGUCGUACUAACAGGUGUAAUGAACUUCCUGAAAUCGGGUGCAUGUGGGAUGCUUCAAUGUAAAGGUUUUCUGUUGUUAUUUGCCACGUUAACCCAAUGUGCUUCUUGUCCAUGGCGGUGCAUUAUGUGCUCUUGUCCAUGUGGGUUAUCAAACGAGUAAAGCUGCUGAUAGAUUGCCUUUUUGAAAUGCAUCUUAAAAAAGUCGCAAAUGUGUUCCGGAAAUUGUUUUAAAAUGUUGUUUUGCUUACCUUUAAACACAUUUUGUACUGCAACUUGUAGAAUGUAGACCUUGAACAAAAGUUCUUUCAUUAUGUUCAAACACAUAUUAUAUUGCAACUUGGACCGCAAAAACAAAAGGUGGACCAUAUGGAAAUGUUUAUAAAUAUGGAAACCAAUGACUGUGCUUCAAGACUUCCAAAAGAUCAAACAAAGAUUUGUUUUAGAACAUGAAAUACCAACAGUAUUUUUCAUCUUUGUCGUUGUGAAUUCAAAACCACAAAUCAAAAGGGAGUCUGCAAAGCUACCAUUUUGAGCACAAUACAUUAUUUGAUGCAAAAUAGUACACAAGUCUAAAAUAGGUAAGGUAGGUGAAGGUUGUUACUCUAAUUGAAUAAGGUUGAGAUGGUCAUGUUAUUUUCUUAAAGAAAAGUAGGUGUUAGCUCCAUUUUCAAAGAACUCUCAGUUUCCAGUAGUAGUAAAUGUUGAUGUAAAACCGGAUUACUUGUACAAAACAAUCAUGGCAUUCUCAGGUUCUAAUAUUUUUAUAUAAACACUGGUGUUAUGCUUGAAUCCUCCACCAAUUGCCACAUGAUGCCAUUUCUCUUACAUUUUCUGCUAAUGCAGCUCAACCAAUGAAAUUGUGAACAUACUGGGGGGCCCUUCUGUUGGAAUUUUAGUAUGGAAUUGAAAUUUGUGGCUUAUGUCAAAAUGAUUUUGUCUAGAUAGUUCCAUCUUUAUUCUGGGCUGUACCUCAUCAGCCUUAUUAAUUUGUAUGUUUUUCGCAAAUGCAGAUACCAUGACUGAAAUAGAUGUAGGCCUGAGGCCGGACAUGCCAUUUUUUAAGGCAUCAACAGCUGGAAAAUUUCCGAGGAUCACCUAUCAACAUAUUUACGAAUGUGACAAGUUUUCGAUUGGAAUUUUCUGUUUACCGCCAAAUGGUGUCAUCCCACUACAUAAUCAUCCUGAGAUGACAGUUUUUAGCAAGCUUCUCUUUGGAACCAUGCACAUCAAGUCGUAUGACUGGGUAAAAGAUGGCUCCACUGGCACACCUCUUCUUGCUGAUCCUUUAGAUGGCCAAUCUGGAUGUGUACGGCUUGCAAAAGUCAAGGUUGACUCCGAAUUUACUGCUCCAUGCAACACUUCAAUUCUCUACCCAGCUGAUGGUGGAAAUAUGCAUUGCUUCACCGCAAGGACUUCCUGUGCGGUACUAGACGUGCUUGGCCCCCCCUACUGCGAUCCAGAGGGUCGCCAUUGUCAGUAUUAUUUGGAAUCUCCAUUAGCCAAAUACACAGUUAACAAUGUAGUGAUUGCUGAGGAAGAAAAUGACGGCUAUGCAUGGCUUGAAGAGAGAGAGAGGCCUGAGGAUGUAACUGUAGUUGGUGCAUUGUACACUGGACCCAAAAUAAUAGAGAAAUAGUCCAUAUGGAGAGCGUGCUUUUAAUCAGGAGAACUCGGGAGUAAAAACAGUUGGAUACAUAGCAGCACACACAGUCACUUGGAAUGUUUUAAUCUUUUGCCCUUUUUUUCUUCCUCUGUAAUCCAUCCUAGUUCUAGGCGUUCUUGUACUCUCUGAAGAGUCCUUUUCUUGUACAUAUAAAAUGAAAAGGGAAAAAGAAGAAAGAGGCUGUUCAUUAGAUUGUAUUCUCCCUUCAUCCCAAAAGAGAGUCAGUAAAGACGUAGGGCAGUGCCAGUUAUUGACACCAAUUGUGCUUAACACAGGUUCAUGUUUCAUCUUUUAGUGGCUUGAAUUUUUUUUUGGGAUAAACCUACGCAGGCAUUGCGGAGUAUGUCAACUAAUUGAAGAAGAAAGACCAAUUUCUCAAGUAACAGUCUUGCAAAAAUGUUAUCGGCCAGUAUUUGAGCUUAUUGAACUCAGUAUGAUGCUUUUCAUUUUAUCAUCACAGGUUGGUGUAUGGUUUUCUGUUAGCUUCUUUUCCACUUUCUUUUUCUUUGUUUUUUUAUUAAGGAAAAAAAAAAGAUUAGUAAAACAAUAUAGUAUUUGGAUUUGAGGGAAUCAUCUAGUAAUUGGUUAGGCCCUGCCAAACUGAACCCAAUAAGUAGUUAUAACUGGGGCAGUCCAUUUGUACAAGCCCAGUUCCAAUUUAUCAUGAUUAGAGUAAUAUUGUGUUAAUAAUUCAAUACUUGACUUGUCAAUCAAGGAGGAGAGAUUGAUUCCACCUAACUGCUAGAUUAUAAUUCGGGAAGACAACUCUUUUUGGGGAGACUUAUAAGCCUCUUUAAAAAGGGUUGGAGUGUCUCAAAAUCAUUCAUUGAUGUUGUUAGAUAAUGUAAUUUAGUAGCGGAUAAUAUACUGGCGAAAUACAAAUUUUAAUUAUCACUUAGAAUCCAUUUAUUUGUUUGAACUUCACUUUGGAUUUGUAAAGUUUAUUAAACCAGGAUUCCCUCUCGAGAAUGAAGUUUGGGAUUACGCAAUUUGCUUCUCUAGGUUUUGAAGAAAAGAAAAACAAAAAUAGAUUUCAUAUAAAUCGACGUAACUUAUUUGACCUUUCUGUAACCAGUUUUACC